UAAAGUGCAGGGGGGAGAAAGGCAUUUUGAGACAGAUGGGGUAAGGAAAAGAGUGGUGAAGGAGAGAAAAACCCUGAAUGGAUGCUUCAGUGGCCAAUCAGAGCAUCCGCCUCCUCUCCUCCUGCAUCCAGGCUCUGUGAUUGGCCGGCAGAAGCUGAGAUGCAGAGAGAGAGAGAGAGAGAGAGAGAGAAACAGGAGGAUAACGAAAGAAGAAGAAACUGCCAGAUGAGGACGGCUCUGCUCCUCACACCUUCCUCUCGCUCUCUCUCUUUUUCUCUCAGUGGCUGGUCUGCCUCGCUCGCCCCUGUCUGUGCUGCUGCAAUUCACUCGUCUGCGUUGUUUUCUGAUUUCGAAGAGAGACGGGUUUAAUGCGAUGGACCUGCAGCCCAGCGACUACUGCUGCUGCUGCUGUUUACACCUGAGCAUCAUGGGAGCUGUAGUUUCCUCGGCAAUGCAGGAUGACAGCUGAUUAACUGGGUUAUCAGAGUUUGGAGAUGUGGGCUGGUGGACAGACGAGCCUCAACAAACUCUAUUCUCUCACUCUCUUUUCCUCCUUCUUUUAAACCUUUGUUUUCCUUCCUCUCCUCUGCAGUUUCUUUCGUUUAAUCUCUCCACCCCUCUUUCUCACCUAUUUUCCUUCUUCCCAACCUUCACUCUUCUCCAUCUUUCUCUCCCGACUUGUGAAAGGAAAAGGCAGAAUGGGUUGUCGUCUCACUCGAACCAAGGCUAAGACUCACGAACCUUCUCAUCACCGGCACCGGGAGGAGCUGCACUUUGUGGACGAGUAUGGCCAACCAAUCACUAUGCAGGUGGAGGGGAAAAGGGGGCGGGGUCACAGGAGGCGACGGUCCCACUGCGCGAUCGAGUGCAGCGUCCCGACAGAAAGACACUGGGAGGCCCUGAGAGCCAUGGGACUGAUGGAGGGCGAGGAAGGGCAAGGAGACGGCUAUGGAGCAGGGCCUUACUAUGGUCACAUGACUGUGUCACCUGACCUAUACCCUGCCAAUAGCCACAUGAUGAUGUCCCCUGAUGUCUAUCCACCCAAUGGCUACCUGCCCAGACCAUCGGAUGAGCAGCACCCAGGUAACAACUACCUGCCCAGCGUCUCCUAUAGCCUAGACCACCUGGACAGGCUGGACUACCAGGGUCCAGAAAUGCUGCCAUACCAGCCAAACUCAGAGAGCUGUCUGAUUGGCUGCUACAGUGCAGAAGAGGUGGCGCCUAAGAAUUUCCCAAGACAGUCUGACUAUCGUCCUUCCUGGAGGUCAGAUCGUCAUCUUGGCUAUCUUCCCCUCAGCGAGCUCGACAGUGGGUUAGGCUGUGGCCCUGACAGUCCACACCACAGGGUGCCAUUCUCCGAAGCUGAGACAGAUGCCAUGUCAUCACUCCCAGGCCACACCGCUUCCUCCCAAGGCUCCUCCUCUUCCUCUGAGUCCCUGAUCUCCUCUGAACCCAGUGACUCGGGCUUCCACAGUGUCAGCACCGGGGAACACCGGAGGCUGCACAAAAUUCAUGGCAACCAUGCUCACCGACAGGCUCACCACCUCCGCUCAGGCCACUCCCCUCGAGAGCAGAGAGGACGCUGGGAUUUGGAGUCCAUCCCUGAGACUACUCCGAUGACCCACCCAGGAAGGCCGCAGGCAUCCCGCUGCACUGUGGGCAACAGCACGACCACAACAGUUCACUUCCACAGAGCUGAGAGGAGUCCAACUUUACCUCGUCACUGUUCACCUCCCUCACCCUCCAUCGGUUGUCGCACUGAGCCUUGCCAGCGGAGGGCGCUGUGGCUGGAACAGCAGCAGCAGGGAGGAAGUGGGACAACAGAGGCUCCAGGAAGGAGUCGGACCAUAACAGAUCUGAGUGAAGGACAGCGGCGUCGCAGGGCGAGUCACCCCAACAUGACGGAUCCAAACACUCUGAGAAACUCUCUCCAGAACAACCAAACAGGUAACAGCAGUAACACACUGGGGCCAAGGAGCAGGGCCAGUUACCCCAGUAACUGUCACCCCACUGCUCAACUCAGCAUAGACAGAACCAGUCUGACCAAUCAUCAAAACACACUGAGAAGCAACCAGAGAUCAAGUCGAAGUCGGGAGGAGGACUCCCUCUCUAAGAGUCCUGGAUCUGGCUCCAGUGGAGCGUCAGACUGGCGUGGCUUUCAGACUCUCGGGAAUCACACCAGCAAAUCUAAAGGUUCCUGUGGUCCCCGCUACAGUACGCUUGGAGCCCCGCAGCAUAGCUCUCGUUCACCACCAUCACCACGCUCCAGACUGUCGAAUCAGAAGUCGGUUAGGAAUCAGCUCCUCAGAGCCCGAGCUUACCGACUGGCCAGGGAGCGCAGUGAAGUUACGACGGAUGAGGAGGUGCGAAGAGAUGGGGGGAGAGAAGGGGAGGAGGAAGGGGAGGAUGGUCGAUGGGCCGGGCGAUACUGGAGCCGGACGGAGAGGAGGCGUCACCUGGCGUUGUCACGGCAACACCGAGAGAGGCGAGGAGGAGGGGAGGACCCAAUCGGGGGAAUUCAGGGGUCACUGUCAUCUCAGACAGUGCUGGAGUUGAGCCACAUGAAGCAGAACCGACUGAGGAACAGCAAGCUGCUCGAUGAUUGGACGACGGUGGAGGAGCUGCUGACUCAUGGAACACGAGUGGAGAGUGACAGUCAGCUCUGUCCCAGCCCUCUGCUAUCGGUUACUACUGUCUGAUGGGAAUACAGGUGACUGAAACCUCCAAUCUAUAUGCCGCUUUGCACUGCAGGAACUUUUAGGGUGACCUGAACCUUUGUACGUGUUCCAAUCUCAUUGUUUUGGUGUUAACAUAGUGGUUGAAGUUGCAAAAUCCUACAUCGCAAUGGAAACAGAAAGGCCUUAAAAGGCCAGUUACAGGGUUGUUUCCAUUACUGUAACCAUUUGCCCCUGGUUCCUGCAGGGGAAAGCUGACUUAUCACUCAGGUCCAGAUUCAUUAAAUGUUUGUGUGGUGAAAACAGUGGACUGCAAUACUAAAACGACCAACUAAGAAAGAUGAGACUGACACCAAUUAUGGCCAUGCAUCUCUCAGUUAUACAGUUGAAAUUGCAUGAUCAUGGAACCAAUCUGCAACAUUUAGCAAGACAACUGCAGGUGAAUAUUGUAGUAGAUCAAAUAUCUCUUAAAGACAACAGAUGCUAUAGUUCCAGCUUUAAGUGGUUUCAUGGCUAUAGUUAUCUAAUCUCAUGCUGUAAUUAGAGACUUCUGACAUCAAUGUACAUCAAACCUCCAAACUGCACUUUACAGAUGUCAUGAAACAAACAUGAUAUGAAAAGCAUUCAAGCACUGGUCAUGUCAUGUGGGAAGGAAGGUGGUGAUUCAAAAGGAUGUCACUGGUCAAUUCAAGAUGGCCACUAUCAGUCCUCUUGAGCUGCUGCUUCUCAUUCACUACAGCAGAUUCCAACUGUUUCAAUCAAUACACACCAACUAAACAAAUCAAAGACAAAAAUGCUUGUUGCGUUCCUUCAAAGGACCUUGUACUAUCUAGAAGGCAAAUGGUUUCCUAAAAACACUAUUAACAGUGACAGUACUGGAGCAAUACUUUAGUGUUUUGUUUAAUAUAGCAUUCUAUCUAUUUCAGUGUUUGAUCACUUCAAGCAAAAUAACUUUGCCAAUGUGAGAUGUACAGGUUGGCAAGCACUUACUAAAACAUGCAUUUCCCUAGUUGGACAUAAAUGCUAUUUACAAAAAGGACACUGGUAAUGGCAGCAGCCAAUAAGAUGUAAAAAAGCAUGAGCUCCCAAGCUAAUUAUCUUACUUUCUAGCAGGACUUCUGUUUUAUGACUAAUUUGCUAACCACUAUAGUUAUCUAACCUAAUUAAUUUAAUCAGGUAGUCUCAUUGUAGGUCAAUUAUGUCCAGGCUGACUGGUUGAUUGGUUGGUCGACAUACUCUCAACCGACCAAAUCCUCAUUGGUCAGACAGUCGCUGGUGGUACUUUUCAAAUAAUGGAGAUGAGUCUUCCAAGAUUCAUUCAUCUUUUCUUUUUUUUUUUUAGUGGCAGGAAAAUAUAGACUACUUAUGCUGUGGCUUCCGAAGCGCCGAGUGAAGCGCAUUUUCGAGAACUUUUAUCUUGCUUCUCACAGUGUUCAUCAUUGGAGUGCAACAGCAGUAGCAUAGCAUUAGCAUGGAUAUCCCUGUCUUCGGCUUUUGUUUUCUGUUUACUAACACGGGCGAAGUGAAGCGUGACAUCAGGGUUGGUAGGUUCACGCGAUACAGCGGGGGUGUGGGGGUGUUAAGAUCCGAGUAUUCGGAUGUCAAAAUUAAUAUUUGGAUACCAUCACAACGACCGAAUAUUUGGAUAUUCGGGUCCAGCCCUAAUGCUAACACACCUGAAAACAGAUGUCACUUAGCCAUUCACAUAAACUGAGCAUGCACAUGCCAUUGCAAACAAGAGGCAGAGGGUUGUUUGCUUAGUUGUAGAAAAUAUAUCAGAGGAACAACAGUAAUGGGGCAUGACCAGAAACCAGAGAUUUCUUUAAGUGAUUGGAUCAAUGACGAGGUUAAACUGUUCUCUUCAGAGAAAUGGUCAUGGGAUAGAAGCGGGACGAAUUAGGAAGUAACAAAUAGCGACUGAUUAGACCCAAUCAGAAAGUGAAGAUGGGUCUCUGCAUCAUAGUUACCGAAAGUCUGUAAUUCUGCCUGUCCACACAAAAACACACUUCUAGAUAUUUUCAACUAAAAUGGAGCGGCAGCAUUUCCAAAAGUCAUACCUUCUGCUACAUUUAGCAGGUGUAACACAUUUGUUUGGAUGUAGCCAAAGUAAGUCAAACUUAGUCUCUAUACAAAGCAAAACAAAAAUAGAUGUAGACUCUCAGUGGGUUUAGCAAUACUAGCGUCCCUCCACGUUGCUCUGUAUGCAGUCCAAGAUGAAUAAAUUUGCACCACACAGACCAAGCAGGUAAUCAGAAAGAAAGAUCUGAGCUGAACAUAAAAUGCAAAAAUAGACUAAAUUGGACUCGUACCUCAAUCUUAGUGAAUCUGGAUCUCAGCUGUGAAUUUUACUGUCUGAGAGGAAGGUCUAAUUUUUUUUUUUUUUUUGCUGAAGAGUCAGAGCUCCUCAAAUGAAUCUGGGGCUCAGAAGGAAAGAAGCUAUCUGCAGGAAAGCGUGACAAUCUUACCAACCCUAGAGGAACGGAUUCAACCUGAGCUGAGUGUAAACCAACACUGCUGUCUCAAAAAAAGUCUCUAAUCCAGCGACAUCCUGCUUUCAAGGUGACUUCCUGUGGGUUUGUAUGAAUAAAAGGACUUAAAAGUGCUGCAUGAGCUCCAGACUGUAACAGAUUCUAUAACUGGAUGGAGCGGUCAGAUUCUUCACACACCAGACCGCCUGUGACUGGCAUCAAAUGUCACACCAGUGGUUGUGAUGCCUUUGUGGAAAAGUGUCUCCAUCUCCUCUUCUGGUCAACUGCCUUUGUCUCUGUGCCAUCAAAUGUCCAGUCUAUGACAUUAUAAAGCUCUGCUCGUUGUCGCUUAUCUGGGGUUUUCUGCACCUUUAUGAUCAAACAGUCUGCAAAUCCAACACAUUCGCUGGUUUCUCCUCAGUGGUUUUCAGUUUUAAUCUCUGUACACUCACACAGACUUGGAGUGUAAACAAACCAGGCCCUAUGGAGAGGUCUCACAAGUCUCCAUUCAGCACUGUCUGCAGCUGAGUUUCUAUACAGCAAUAUUUUCAUUUGGUUCUAGAGCUGCAAGAGUUCAUCUACUGAUUGAUCACUUGAUUGAAUGAAACUUAAUCGCUCACUCUUCAAAAAUUAAACAAUCAUUUUAAGGAUUUUUAAAGUAUAAACAAACUUUCCCCUAUCAGAUGUGAAGAUUUGCUGUUUUUUCUUCUGAAUAUUUUGGUUUCAGGACUGUUGGUUGGUUCAAACAUGCAUUUUAAAGAUGGCAUCCUGGGUAUUGGAAAAUUGUGUGAAUUUUUUUUGCAGUUUCUUUUACAUUUUAGAGCAAUUGAUCAUGAAAAAAAUAAAGUGGGGCUUUCAGACGCAAUGCAACAACAGGACCCCUGAAUGAAUGGCAACAUCCAGGUAGUUAUCAGCAGGUUAUUUUCUUAUUGAUAAUACAAUAAAAAUAAUAUCCCAGAAAAGUCAGAAUGGCAUCUUCAAAGUGCAUGCUUUGACCGGCAACAGUUGCUAAAAUAUUCAUAUAAUAAUCUUUAAAUGAGACACAGAAGAUCAACAAAUCCUGAUGCUUGAGUAGCUGGAAUCAGCAAAUUGUUACUUGAAAAAAUCUUAAAAUGAUCAUUUGUUUAUCAAAAUUUUCAUUCAAUCAAAUAGUCAAUUAACUGGCUAAACAUUGAAGGUCUAUUAGCAAAUAAAGACUGGCCUUUGAUGCCACAACAAUAAAUCAGAGAUCACUUUAUUGUACAACAUGUACAUUGUUCAUAUUGUGCUUCAAAGAAAUGGUUUGGCAAAUAUCCACUUAUUCUCUUUAUUGCUGAGAGGUAUUUAGGCUUAGCUUAGCAUAAAGAAUGUUACCGAGGAAAGUGCUUGCCUGCUGUUGUCCAAACGUGAAGACAUUACGACAAAGGGUCACUAAUUAACAUCUCGUACAAAAACUGAAAAAAACUACAUCUUAUGUGCUGGAAAAACUAAUCUAGCUGUUUUCCAGUUUCCAGUCUUAGCUAAGCUAACCAUCUCAUUUAAUAUACAGACAUGACAGUGGUUUUUACUUUUUUCAUAUAACUCUCAACAAGGAUGCAAACAAUUUUUUUUUGUUUGUGAAAAUACAACAUGGAAAUCUGACAAAAUGUGGCCACUGAACAUAAAUGACACUUGGUGCGUAUCAUUACACAAUGUUAGUUAUAAAAUGAGAUGUCAGCAGCAAGUUUAACCAAACGAUGGCACUUUUUAAUCUAUAAAUGACAUUUUUAUCCAGAUUGUCAGAUCUUCAGUGGUGACAUUCAGGUUGUUUUUCAAAUCAGAGAGCAUCAGUGUCAAUACUAUGGAUCACAUUGAUGACAAAUAUCCAUGUUUCUUUUAUCUUUUUAUCACAAGGGCUGCUGCGAGCCACUACGAUUACAGGCACCUUUGAGAGAAGCAGGUGGUCGGUAUAAUCAGAGAAACGUUAAUCAGGGUUUAAUGUCAUGAUGUAAUAAUGUGUCACAUAAUGAAAUAACUGUUCAAUGCAAUUUUGUUAAAUAGGAGAAAAUGUAUGUUUAUUUUCAUAUUUUGCCAGAAGAGUUUGGAGGAAUUGAAAUCCUGAGGAUGGUUUUCAUAGUUGGAGUCAAAUGAGGAUUUCUUUUUCUAAACCAUGUGUGUGUGUGCGUGUGUGCGCGUGUGUGCGCGUGUGUGCACGUGUGUCUUUGUGGUCAUGCAAGGAAGAGAAAGUUUGAUACUAACCCGUCAGUAGUGAUUAGCCAAAGAUAUCGUGUAACUUUGGUUUGUGGACAAUCUAUAGUAUAUUUUAUAAUCAUAGUAGUUUUGAUAUACUUUAUCCUUUAUUUUUUGCCUUGAGUAGAUUAUUUCUGCUUUUCACCAACAUCCUGCUAUGCUUGUGUGUGUGCAUAGAUGUUAUUGUACAAUCAACUGUUAGCAUACACUACUACUGCAGUCUAAACCUAGCAUGCUAACUCCUGAUUAGCACAGAACAAGCAUUUCCAGGAUUGCUUAAAGUGUCAUAAUUGCAAACGUCAUCAUCCUGUAUCUUUUCACAGUGUAAGCUUUUCUUUUUACAAACACAUCUCAGAGGAAGAGAUGCUCUUCAGGUGCAGUAUUAAACAGAAGUGAGUACAAUCCUGUGCAGAAUCACUAAAAUGUCGAAUGAUUAAAGCUGUAUCACCUCCUAACUGCAUUAUUUGUGCUGAACAGCGAGAUAUUUGUUCUGAUGUAAAAAAAAAAACUAACUGUCUUAAAAAUACUGACCCCAAAGCUAGAACUCAGUGCAACAAAAAUCAGCACACCUUUCAAUACUGUGAUGAAAAUCUUUUAUUUUUUUCAAUACUGUAGAUGUCCACCUUUAUUUUAGAUACAAACUCAUUCCUGCCAUCAUUCCUGACGCUUUGCCAUUCUUUGGAGGAAUUUUUUUUCAACUGCUCUUUGCCGGAGGAAUUGUGCUCUACUGGUGGCAUACUUGCCCAAGUUUAUUGUUCUUUAGAAACUGUAAUUUUGGCAGCAUGCUUUAGAUUGUUAUCAGGAUGGAAUAUUACACUACUGCCUAGGUUCUUCAGACUGGGAUUCAUCUUGUCAUCCUGUGUUUUAGUAUGUACACGAGCAUUUAUGGAGUCAUCUAUAAAUGUCAUGUCCCUCACACCUUAUGCACUCACGCAGGCCCAUAUAUCACCCCCCCCCACCUCUGUGCUUCACUGUCAGGACUAUGCAUUCACUGUGGUAGUCCUGACCAGGUUUGUGCCAAACAUACUGGGUCCCGUCUGAGCAGAACAAAUUUAUCAUGGUCUCAUCAAAGAAUGUGCAAGGAAUAUUCAUCAGAUUUGUCUUUAAACAAAUUUUAAUCUUGUGGUUUUUUGCCAAAGAGCAAACAAGCUUUUUUUUUUUCAAAAUCUUGGAUGCCAUCCAUAGAGGCUGACAUUAUGCACUGUCCUUCACAUUGUCUGCCUGAUUACUGCUGCAAAUGUGUUUCCACUUAUUUUUAAUUUGUCAGUGAUCUUCUUAUAGCCUUUUCCACCUGUGUUACAUCUCACAAUCAGAUUGUUCAGUUACUCUGUCAAGUUUUUUUUCCCAUGUGGAGCCAUGAUGCAGACAUGUAGACACAACCAAUAGGUCCCAAACUGAGAAUGUUCUGCUGUUCAUGGGUCAUUUCAUAACCAUGUUAAUGCAGUUAGGCUGAUUGUACACAGUUUUGCUUCAAUGAUCACAGAUACAUUGAGUUUUUAAUUUGGAGCCUGUAUUUUCAAUGUAGUCUUUCUAAAGUAUUUAAUUUUGAUUGUUCAUUAGAGUAAAUACUCUACUGUUGUACUUAGAAAUAAUGCAAUUAUUGAGUGGUGAUGAAAUUUGGAAACAUUCAACAUUUAAGUGGUGUGCUCACUUCUGUCGUAUACUGUACAAAUAUCUAAUUUUGCUAAGCUAAACCAGAGCCAAAUAACUGGUCGUGUUUGUUCCGGUUACAGGUCAUAAUAAAUACAUUUUAAAAAAUCAAUCUGUGAAGCAUGCAGCUAGCUAACUAUGCAUCUUAGCUAGUUUCAUCUGUCCAUGCUGGUUUGCCAGAACCUCUGAGGCCAGAUCUUCCACACCAAAGAGAAUUCCAAAAAGGGAAAUAAUAUUAUAAAAAUAAUCAAACUUUCUUGAGAUGUUGCCAACUUGUACAUUAUGUUAUUUUUUUAUUAAUUUAUUUUCCCUUAACACUUGUUCAGCAUUUAGGGAAAUGCGCUCAUUCUCCUAUCUUAUAAGAUUCUUUAGAUGUAGAUAGUUUCGCUUAACAACAGUAGGUAGACUGUCUCUGUCCAAAGGUGGCUCUUGUAACUCCUCCUACACCGCCUAUAUUCUAUGAACUAAUACGCUUCAUGGCUGCCUCUAUGUGGCCUGCAAUUUUUGGAGAAGUAGCUUGUGCACAUGCUAACAAAUUAAUCCUACACAUCCACAAGAUGCCAUUCAGGAUACAACCAGGGAGAGCAGAAAGAAGCAGUUGUGAGUUGUCCUGCUCACAAACCAUUUACCUGUUGCUGCCAUAGACUGUACUUUAAAGAUGCACGUAGCCUUCAGGUCUGAAAAGUGCCUUAAACCUGCAUUCUUUAUAACAGCCAACAGGGGGCAACUCCUCUAGUCACAAAUAGAAUUAUAUAGAAGUCUAUGAGGAAAUGACCCUAAUUCUCAUUUGAUUUAUUACCUCAGUCAAUGAACAUUUUCCUCAUGAGUUUAUGGUCUUAGUUGCUAGUUUCAAGUCUCCUGUUAUACAGCGUGGUGUUCAUUUUGCAGUGUAUGGUCCCAUUUAGUGCAAAGUAGAAGGUAAAGUAUAGAAUUCUUUAGAGUGUGGCUACCUUGUGUACACCAUACCACAUAGGUGUGCAUAAGUACCAUAACUUGCCCAUCUUGUCAAGUUACAGAAACAGAGAUGAUGAUGAGCAAAAUUCCAAAACAAAGUGUCUACAAACCAAUGGGUGACAUCAGUGGUGGCUACGACCAUCUUUUAUGUACAGUCUAUCGUACAUGGUACAGGUUUUACUGUAACUUCCUAGAGUGCUUACAUUGUGCAAAAGCAGAAGUUUACAAGGAAGAUAUUUUGUUUCUGGCUAGAAAUGAUCAGGCCCUAAUCUGCCCCCUAGUGGUUAUACUUCUCAGUCCGCCAGAUACACAGUCACUGCUAAACAAGAAAUAGUUUCAGCAACAGGCUAGUAUGUAUUAAAAGGACGGUCUACAAUGUGACUAUUAUAGAGUUUACAGGUGUGAUAAGAGGAGUAAAUGAGCACAUUUCCCAAAAUGUUCCAUAAUUCAUUUACAGAGUUGACCUGAGAAGAAGCUCUCAGUAACUAACUUUACUUUUAUUAGGAUUAUUGUUAGAAAGUAACAGAAGCUUCAUGUUCUUCAGGUUGUGUGAAACUGGUCCUGAAUUUUCAUUUGUGACUCUUGUGAUUUCCUGUCAGGGCUGUGUGCAAUAAUCAGAGGUUUAUGUGCCAAACUGCUGGCCGACUCUGAACCGCUUCGUGCUCAGGUCGAGUCUGUGUGACGUCAGCAGGGGAGUUUAUGAGUGUGAUGAGACGGGACUGGUCUGACCUUACAGUAUGGAUUUUUCUAUUCCAGUUUGUGUUUCCAUAAACCCUGUGACCUCACAAAUGUAACUGAAAAUCUGAACUCUGAUGUCUGUGAAACUGUCGGCCCUGAGCGGCUGUGGGAAAGAUUUCUGAUGGAACUCAUCACCCAGAACUUGUGUAAAGAAAUGUCAGUAAACUGUGCAGAUUUAAAUAUA